AUGCCUCAAUUAGAUCCUUUUAUCAUUUAUACUGUCAAACUAGCCAUGAACUAUCAGUCAGUCGAAGAGCCAGUUGCUCCUGCUGCUCCACAGGAUGAGAAGGCCAUGCUUGUACAACAAGACACCAACAACCCCAUGUUUCCCGAGACAUUAGCCCGUAUCAUGACGAUAAAGACCUUUCCCUUAAAGACAAACGAAAAGGCUCCCAAAUUGCAGCGAGAAAACAUUUUAUCACUGCUUUACCAUGCUGAUGAACAAUGGUUGAAGAGUACAUUGGAGCUAAAGCAAAGUAUCAAGCGAGAGGAGGCCUCACAUCAGUAUGCCGUAAAUCAUGUACACCGACAACAGCGCAUUUUUCUAGAUACAUGUCAUAUUCUGCACAAACACCUCAUGGAUAUACCCAAAAAGUUCAAUGAGCCAAUUUGGUUUGCAGCCCAAGUGUUGCAUCGACAGUGUCAAAUACGUCAUUUGGAGCAGUUUACAAGUCUGUUGAAGCCAUUAGCAUCCGAUGUAUGGAUCGCUAUGGAGCAAUUACGUCGCAUGAUUCAUCGUUUGGUUCAAAAACAACAUCAGCACGCCGCUGCCACAUCAGGUUUCUUGGCCAAGUUCUUUUCCAGCACAGCUGCAUCGACAAGCUUCUACUCAAGCCCAGAAAACCAUCUUUUAUUGCAAUCACUGGUGCCUUAUUUGACAGCUUUCGAGCAACGUUGGUCUACAUUUGAAAAGAGCCUGUACGAAUGCUAUGUCUUGACGGUCUUUGGCAAACAUGAUACUGAGCUACUACAACGCAAUAUCAGCCAUGACAUACCCCUUUCGCCUACACUGUUUAGUGAUGCCUUGACGCAAUUGUUGCCAUUGGCGCUGGAUCGUGCUAUGGAUCGACAGUUACUCGAUGUUGGCGCAAUCCAAACUCUAGAUCCUAUUGCUUUUGUGGCUUUACCGCGUUUGGCAAUUUUAGCAGGUGUAACAUGGUUGGCGCAUGUGACAGGAUGGCGCACAACUACUUGUACUACAAGCAACUUGCCUGUGUGGAUUCAAAUGCAUAAGGAGACUCUAGACCGCAUUGCAGCUGCCUUUACUCAAUUAGAAGUGGCGUUUUUACAAACACCAUCCAAAGAAAAGCAUCAGGACUUUGUUCAACUUUACAAGACACUGGAGAGAGCGUUGGUGGAUGGCUGUGAUGACGACAGGAUUAAACCCAUCUAUGUGGAUAUUUGCAUCGUAGCUGAUUCGGUCUUGUCUAGUCAUCUGGCUCAAUCAUUUACCAUGGUUCUAUGCCAUCUAUUUAAACAUGUUGGAUUACAAUACGAUAUUGAAUUUGAAGAAGAGGAGGAUGCUGUACCCAUUGAGCAGACUCUGUUGGAUUUAGCCAUUUAA